UCCAGAUAUCAUCCCUCGGUUGUCUAACACCGAGACCAGAGCCGUGGAACCGGAUGUGCUGCCGAGCCAGAUUCCAGUCAUAAGUAUCUCGCUACUGUAAAUGUUGUCGCCAAUCACCCAUACAUCAGCGGCCGUUUUGCUGUGUUAGGCCCAACAGAACAAGACUUACUCUACCUAGAACUUCAAGCAAGAUGCCACCCCAUACCUCGUCUUCACACCCAGGGGUUCACCAUGUCAGCCAUUUCAAAAGGCAAAGGAAAUCCACGGAUAGGAACCAUCCUCCGAACUAAGUUUGAGAAUACACCAACGUCCCCGACAAACCGACAUCAAAAACGCAAAGCUGUCGUCAUCGACUGUGAGAUGGUGACGGUGUCGUCCGGCCGCAGACACAUCGCUUCCAUUGGGGCAGUAGACUUUUUGACCGGCGAAGUGCUUCUGAAUCACCAUGUCUACCCGGAAAUGAGGAUCGUGAAUUACAACACCCGCUACAGUGGCAUAAACCACGCGAGCAUGAUGGCGGCUGUUAACAGCGGAGUGGCGCUCAGAGGGUGGGAGGGUGCGCGACAGGCACUGUGGGAACAUGUAGACAAGGACACGGUGCUUAUCGGACAUGCGCUGCAGAAUGAUCUUGCUACUAUCGGAGUGAUUCACUCGAGGGUGGUUGAUUCGCAAAUCCUGACCGGAGAGGCUAUAUUCCCGACGCUUCCUGUUGUGGAUUCCCUCCCUCGACUUACUGGGUUGAAGGGUCUGACGAGUGAACUCGUGGGGUAUGAGAUACAGACUGGUCGAAAGGGACACACAGCUCUUGAGGACGCCUAUGCCACCCGAGACGUCAUAAUAUGGUGUCUUCGGAAUCCUGGACUCUUGGAUGAUUGGGCUGUUCGGGAGAAGAAACAGUAUGAGGAGUACAAAAAACAGCAGAAAGAGAAGAGGGAACAGAAAAAGAAGAAGGAUGCUGCCAAAGGCUCAGCUGCAGCCGUCGCUACUGAUCCUGUGAAACCUUUGCAAACCAAUAACUCUGACGAAUGUGGUAGGGAACGUGGAUCGGACAUUGCUGAGGGAUCCGGCCCCUCACCUUGAUUCUCGAUAUGAGCGGUGUUCGGAUUAGUUGAAUGGUGCUUUUAUUGAUACAAGGGAUAGAUUAGAUUCCUGGAGCGACAUGAUGAAUUAUGCUAUGAUGUACAACGCUGUGGUGUUUGUUGAUUUGUUGAACCGAUUGCUCAAGCUUUCU